AGUUAAAGUGAGCAGCGUGUUGACUGUGAAGUAACUUGGUGUCUGUCUAGGUCUCCGCUAACGUUGGGUAACAUGGCCAACGUAUGUAACUUUUCCCGCUAUUGGAUUAAUGUGAUCAGUGCAUCCAGACAAAGGUGCCUAGGAUCAGUCAGAAAUAUUGCUGGUAGACCUUCACCAAACUCUUCAUACAAUGCCAUCCACCAAGAACAGUCUGAAGGGAGAACAUGGACGGGUCAGUGCAACGGGUUGUCCACGGAUAUUCCUUCUAGAAGAUUAUCUUCUAUGGUGUAUGUGAAGUCAUCUCCAACCGUCCUCACCAGAACACUUACUCCCCACACUUUGAUGUGUCGACGUAGCUAUUGUUCCAAACCUGAAGAUGGCAGUGAAGGUGCUGGUGAUGGAAAAAAACAAAAUGAGGAUGAUGGAAGUGAAGGUCCUACAGUGCAUAACCUUCCUGCCACGAUGAUGGUACCAGAUGUAUGGCCUAGUGUGCCUGUUAUUGCUAUCAGCAGAAAUCCAGUCUUUCCACGAUUCAUCAAGAUCAUAGAGGUUGGAGAUAAAGAACUCAUAAAUCUUAUAAGAAGAAAAGUUCGAUUGAAUCAGCCAUAUGCAGGAGUCUUCAUGAAGAAAAAUGAAAGUGAUGAGCGAGAGGUUGCUGACACAAUGGGUGAGCUUUAUCCUGUGGGCACGUUUGUUCAGAUUCAUGAGCUGCAAGACAUGGGUGAUAAACUGAGAAUGAUUGUGAUGGCUCACCGACGCAUUACUAUGACAGCUGUCUUACCAGAUGAGCCAUUAGAAGAGGAACAGGAGCUUUCAAAAUCUGGGAAAGCUAAUGUUGAACUACGACUCCCUCCUUUCAAUACACCCAUCACUGUUCCUCUUGAAGACAAAUCAGGUGGUGAGGAGGACUCUGGGGACAGUAAACUACGUAGAUUACUCAGAAGAAGGCGGAAACAACCAGAAGAAACUGGACAGACUAGUGAAGAUGCAGCUGCAGCAGAGACUGAAAUCAUUUCAGAGAAGGCUGAUGCCUCCACUCAAACUCCGCCACCACCUCCAGCCCGAGUCCUUAUGGUGCAGGUUGAAAAUGUUUCUCAUGAUAAGUUCCAGAUCACCGAGGAAGUUAAGGCGCUCACCCAAGAGAUUAUCAAGACAAUUCGAGACAUCAUUGCCCUGAAUCCACUUUACCGUGAGAGUGUUCAGCAGAUGAUUCAGCACGGACAGCGUGUGGUUGAUAAUCCUGUUUACUUGGCAGACCUUGGAGCUUCCCUGACAUCAGCCAAUCCUCUUGAACUUCAACAAAUCUUAGAAGAAACACAGAUUCCAGCACGAUUGAUGUUGGCUCUCUCACUGUUGAAGAAGGAGUAUGAACUUAGCAAACUGCAGGCAUCUAUUGCAAAGGAGGUAGAAGAGAAGGUUCGGUCGCAGCACAGGAAGUACAUGUUGCAAGAGCAGCUAAAAGUAAUAAAGAAGGAGCUGGGUAUAGAAAAGGAGGAUAAAGACGCUAUUGAAGAGAAGUUUCGUGCACGGUUGAAGGAAAAGGAAGUACCAAAAGCUGUUCAAGAUGUCAUCGAUGAAGAGCUGACUAAAUUGGGAUUCUUGGAUAACCAUUCUUCAGAGUUCAAUGUAACCCGAAACUAUUUGGAUUGGUUGACAAUGCUGCCAUGGGGUAUCACUUCAGAAGAGAAUCUUGACUUAAAACAAGCACGUAUAAUCUUAGAUGAAGACCAUUAUGGGAUGGAAGAUGUCAAGAAAAGAAUUUUAGAAUUUGUAGCGGUGGCACAGCUGCGAGGUACAACCCAGGGAAAAAUUCUGUGCUUCCAUGGUCCACCUGGGGUUGGCAAGACUAGUAUUGCUCGCUCUAUUGCAAGGGCCCUAAACAGAGAGUAUUUCAGGUUCAGUGUAGGUGGUAUGACGGAUGUAGCAGAAAUUAAGGGUCAUAGGCGUACAUAUGUAGGCGCAAUGCCAGGGAAACUUAUUCAGUGCUUGAAGAAGACCAAGACAGAGAAUCCUGUGGUUCUUAUUGAUGAGGUGGAUAAGAUUGGUCGAGGAUACCAAGGUGAUCCAUCAGCUGCCCUGCUUGAACUGCUUGACCCAGAACAAAAUGCCAACUUCUUAGAUCAUUAUCUCGAUGUUAAUGUUGACCUCUCCAAGGUGUUGUUCAUCUGUACGGCAAACGUCUUGCACACGAUCCCAGAACCACUACGUGACCGGAUGGAAAUGAUUGAUGUGUCUGGUUAUGUUGCAGAAGAAAAGAUGGCUAUUGCAAGCACUUACCUCAUACCUGCUGCUGAGAAACUUAGUGGUCUUGACAAGGAAAGGUUAUCUUUAGAUGAUUCUGCUGUGGACACAUUGAUUCGACAUUAUUGCCGAGAGUCUGGUGUCCGGAACCUACAGAAGCACAUUGAGAGAAUAAUGCGAAGAGCAGCAUAUAACAUUGCCAGUGGCGAUUGUGAGCGAGUUGGUGUGACAGUUGACAAUCUUGAAAGUUUUGUGGGCAAACCAAAGUUCAGCCAUGACCGCAUGUACCAAGAAACCCCUCCUGGUGUGGUCAUGGGCCUGGCCUGGACUGCUAUGGGUGGGUCAACUUUGUAUAUCGAGACAAUGGCACACGCCGUGGAGGGGGAGAAAGAAGGACGCUUGGAAACAACUGGUCACCUUGGUGAUGUUAUGAAGGAGUCUACACGUAUUGCUUAUACUUUUGCAAAACAUUUUAUAGCAAAAAAAAAUCCCGACAAUCGAGUUAUUGAUAAAUCCAACAUUCAUCUUCAUGUGCCGGAGGGAGCAACACCAAAAGAUGGGCCGAGUGCAGGAAUAACCAUUGUGACAGCACUAGUAUCAUUAGCACAAAAUAAGUCAGUGCGACAAGAUGUGGCCAUGACAGGAGAAGUUUCUCUUACUGGCAAGGUGCUUCCUGUUGGAGGAAUCAAGGAAAAGACUAUUGCGGCUAAACGCGUAGGAGUGAAAUGCAUUAUUAUACCAGCAGAGAACAAGAAGGACUUUAGUGAUCUCCCUAAAUUUAUAUCAGAAGGUCUUGAGGUCCAUUUUGCUGAUCAUUAUGAAGAUGUAUUUAAUAUUGUUUUGCGAGAAUAAUUUAUAAAAUAGAAUAUUUGCCAAUUAUACAAUAUUUUUACAAAUGUAGUAGAUAAAUAUUGUGAUAAAAGUCAAUUGUAAAGCAGCUUUCAACCUAUGACUUGUGAGAUAUUGCUCAUUGUACAAAUGUGUUCUGAUGUAUAUAAUUAUAUAUUUUAUUCAUUAAUAAUACAGGAGUGCUUCGAUUUACGAAAGGAAUAUGUUCCUGAAAAUUAUUUCAUGAAUAGAAGCCAUUUUUCCUAUUAACUACCAUUUUAUAAAGGGAGAUACGUUCUUACAAAAAAAAAGUCCACCUAACUUAAAAAUAAAAUUUUUUAAGCAAUAUUAUGUAGGAAACAAUACUUAUAAGCAUAUGUGUUAAUCAUAAUAACAUUAAUAAAGCAAUACAUGG